GCAGCUGCUCUCCGAUCACAUGAUUAAUCCGGAAGAGCUUGAUCUUGGACUUCGGACGUGUUUUAUUUGAAAGCGUCCAGAAGUUCUUCUUUGGACAUGGAUGAAGACGUGUGCCAGGAGGUGGAGACCCUCCUGGUCGGCCUGAAGCAGCUCGUCAACCUGGGCAAAGUUCUAUUGCAGCAGGCCAAGAAGGACUCUGAAGCCUCGCUGGAAAAGUUUGUCCCUCACAAAAUCGCGACUUUAUACGGCCUGAUCGCAGCCGGAGCAGACUUCUACAAGAGCAUCGGCGUGAAGAAGAAGACGGAAGCCGAGGCCUUGUGGAGGAAGUGGUACCACCGUGCAGAAGUACGGGAGCAGGUGGACGAGCUGCUGCAGCUCGAGAGCGAGUGGGACUCCUUCCUGCAGUUUGUGGACGAAGGCCUUCCUCCGUCGUGGAGCGCCGCAAAUGCGGGGGUAGACAUCUUCAGCCGUGAAGCUUUGCUUACCGAUGGACGCAGCGGGAAGAGCGUGACGCUGGACCAGUACCGCUCUCAGGGCCAGAAGCUUCUGCUGGUCCUCAUCAGACACUUUGGAUGACUGCCGUGACGCGACCACGUGGCCGAGCUGGAGGGCAGCCUGGCUGCCUUGGAGGCUCGGUCCGUGAAGGUCUUGGUGGUGUGUUUCGGCUCCCAGGAGGGGGCUCAGCUGUGGCUGCAGCAGACGGGAUGCACUUUGGACAUGGUGCUGGACUCCCAAAGAAAAAUCUACAGGAGUUUUGGGCUCGUCUCGUCCUACGCCAAGGUCUUGAGCUUUGGCACCCUGCUCCAGUAUUCCCAGUAUCCAGUUGUGGACAGAGAUUUCCCUGAAUUCCCCCUGCACCUCCUGGAAGACCUCUACCAGAUGGGAGGAGACUUCCUACUGAGCGACACCAACCAGAUCCUCCUGUUCCACCAGUGCAAAACCCCGAUGGACAGACCCUCCAUCAGCCGCAUCCUGCAGGCGUGCGACUCCGCCAGCUAAGAAAGCUCACAUGCAGGCCUGCCAGAUCAGGUCAGACCACUUUCAACACGAGGUGAGCGGCGCUUUGACCCACCUUGAUGACGUCACGCCUUGCCCUCACGCCAACGUGAUGAGGCGCGACCGAUGCCGAAGAGUGAGGCGAAGAUGUCGACUCCUUGUUGUUAGGUCAGUGCUUUGAUCGAUCUGUUUUUAUGUCCAAUCAUUGAUUUGAAAGUGGAAAAAAACCUGAGGAGUUGAAGUUUGGCGACCCCGUGUGGUCAUGACGGGUAAUACAGAUUGUAAGACUUGAUUUGCAAAUGAAAUACGAUUUGGAUAAUCAACUGUUUUGAAGUCAAAUGAUAUUUGAAGUCAAUGAUAGUACAAUUUGUCUGGGCAUGACGAUAUUUAAUAAUGACUCAUGCCAAGGAUGCAUACUUUCAUCUUUUAUUGUGCAAUUGUUACAUCAUGGGCAGAGCUGAGUCAGCCGUCCAACACGAGAGUCACGCCCUGCAACCGACCUUGCUGAAAUAUUUGUAAAUAUCAUCUCAGCCCUCAGACACCCAAAAGCCACCUUUUAGCAAGAAAAAGUGUGUGGAAGUACAACAUUGCAGGUUAACAUAAUCAGAGAAAUACUAAUAUGACAUUGCUAGAAAACAGGCUUUAAAAUCAUUUAUUCAAAAAAACUAUUAAAACAUUCUGUGGUGCAUAAAAAAGUGUCCUAAACGUGCAUUACUUUUUUU